AGAUGGCGGCGGAUGGCGGAGCGGCGGCCGUGGCUGAGGAGGAACUGCGCGAAGCGGAAGCCUCGGAGGACGAAGGCGAAGAGGGCGGCGGCGGCGGCGGGGAGUCGGAGUCCGAGGAGUCUUCCGGGGACGGCGAGGAUGAGGAGAAGGAGAACGAGGCCGAGAUCCAGCGCCUGGAGGAGCAGCUGUCCAUCAAUGCCUUUGACUACAACUGUCAUCUGGAUCUGAUAAAAUUGUUACACCAGGAAGGGGAACUAAUAAAACUCCGAAGAGCCCGUCAGAAGAUGAGCGAGCUCUUUCCCCUCACUGAAGAGAUCUGGCUAGACUGGCUGAGAGAUGAGAUUCGGAUGGCUUCAGAAAACUCAGAUCGGGAAAAGAUCUACGAUCUCUUUGAACGAGCUGUGAAAGAUUAUAUCUGUCCUGAGAUAUGGCUGGAGUAUGCCCAGUACUCGAUCGGGGGCAUUGGCCAGGAGGGGGGCAUAGAGAGAGUUCGUUCCAUAUUCGAGAGAGCCCUGACGGCGGUCGGCCUCCACGUGACAAAAGGAGCGGCCAUUUGGGAGGCCUAUCGGGAGUUUGAGAACGCCAUCUUGGCGACGGUGCAGCCGGCGGCCGGCAGCAUCGCCUCCCCUGACCAGCAGCAGACCAGCAGCGCCCGGCUGGAAAAGAUCCACUCGCUGUUCCGGCGCCAGUUGGGGAUUCCGCUGUUAGAUAUGGAAGCUGCUUAUGCAGAAUACGAGGAGUGGUCUGAGCAGCCCAUCCCAGAAGCGGCGGUCAAAAGCUACCGGAAGGCUCUGCAGCAGCUGGAGAAGUGCAAGCCCUACGAGGAGGCCCUGCUAGUCGCUGAGACGCCAAAGCUGGCCGAAUACCAAGCCUACAUAGACUUUGAGACGAAGGCGGGGGACCCAGCCCGCGUGCAGCUGACAUACGAGCGCGCCUUGGCGGAGAACUGCCUCGUGCCCGACCUGUGGGCGCGCUACACUCAGUACCUGGACCGGCAACUGAGAGUGAAGGAGGUGGUGCUCUCUGCGCACGAGCGAGCCGUCCGGAAUUGCCCUUGGACCGUCCGACUGUGGAACCAGUAUCUCCUGGCCAUGGAGAGGCACCAGGUGGAGCAUCAGCUGGUUUCUGAAACCUUUGAAAAGGCUUUGAACGCCGGCUUCAUUCAGGCCACAGACUACGUGGAAAUCUGGCAGGGGUACUUGGAUUACUUGCGGAGAAGAGUGGAUUUUACGCAAGACUCGAGUAAAGAGCUGGAAGAACUUCGCUCUGCCUUCGCCCAUGCAGUGGAGUACUUAAAGCAAGAAGUGGAAGAGCGGUUUAGCGAGAGCGGGGACCCUUCAUGCACCAUAAUGCAGACCUGGGCAAGGAUCGAGGCGCGGCUGUGUAACAACAUGCAGAAGGCGCGAGAACUCUGGGAUAACAUCCUGACCAAAGGGAACGCCAAGUAUGCCAACAUGUGGCUGGAGUAUUACAACCUGGAGCGGGCACAUGGCGACACGCAGCACUGCAGGAAGGCCCUGCACCGGGCGGUGCAGUGCACGAGCGACUACCCGGAGCACGUCUGCGAGGUGCUGCUCACGCUGGAGCGGGUGGAAGGCACCCUGGAAGACUGGGAUGCGGCUGUCCAGAAAACAGAGAAGCGGCUCGCUCGAGUCAAUGAGCAGAGGGUGAAGGCUGCGGAGAGAGAAGCAGCCCUGGCCCAAGAGGAGCAGGCGCGGGCCGAGCAGCGGAAGCAGGCGCGGGCCGAGAAGAGGGCGGCCAAGAAGUCCAAGAAGCCCAAGGCCGGAGAUAAGCGCAAGGCGGACGACGACGGCGAGGGCGAGUGGGGGCAAGAAGAGGAAGCCGAACAGCCCAGCAAAAGGCACAAGGGCGGCAGUGGCGACACGCUGGCCGAGGAGGAGGAAGAGGAGGAGGAGGAGGAGGCCGAGGCCAUGGAGACGGAAACCGGGCUCUUCGGAAGAAACUUGCCUAGGAAGGCAGAUUCCAAGCCAAAGGAGGAGGCGGAGGCCCCCAAGUGGAAAGAUGCUCCCAAAGUCGUCCACAACAGCGAGAAGGACACUGUCACGGUGUUUGUCAGCAAUCUGUCCUACGGCAUGGCGGAGCCGGAGGCCAAGCUGAGGGACCUCUUUGCGAACUGUGGGGAGGUCGCAGAGGUCCGCCCCGUCUUCAGCAACAAGGGGACUUUUCGGGGCUACAGCUACGUGGAGUUCAAGGAUGAGAAGUCGGCCCUGCAGGCGCUCCGCCUGGAUCGCAGGCAAGUGGAGGGCCGGCCCAUGUUCGUCUCUCCUUGCAUCGACAAGACCAAGAAUCCCGAUUUUAAGCAGGUGUUCAAGUACAGCACUGCUCUGGAGAAGCACAAGCUCUUCAUCUCCGGCCUGCCGUUUUCCUGCACUAAGGAGGAGCUGGAGGAGGUGUGCAAAGUCCACGGGAACGUGAAGGACAUCCGGCUGGUCACGAACCGGGCCGGCAAGCCCAAGGGCCUGGCCUACGUGGAGUUCGAAAACGAAGCCCAGGCCUCCCAAGCCGUGCUGAAGAUGGACGGCCUGACCAUCAAGGACCACACGAUCAAGGUGGCUAUCAGCAACCCGCCUGCCCGAAGGCUGCCCGAGAGGGCCGAGGCCGUGGGGAGGGCCGCUCAGCCCAUGGCCCCCCGGCAGCUCUAUGGCGCCCGGGGCAAGGGGCGCACCCAGCUCUCGAUGGUCCCCCGAGCGUUGCAGCGCCAGAGCAACUUGGGGGCCAAGGCGGAGAACGGCAUGGCCCGGGACACCCCGCCCGCCGCUGCCUCUCCGUCCUCGGAGGAGCCCAAGAAGAUGUCCAAUGCAGACUUUGCCAGGCUGCUCCUGAACAAGUGACCGGUGCGGGUGCGUGUGUGGGGGGUGCUCAGCGUGCGCAGUGCUGCCUCGGACGCCAGGAGCGGGCGCCUCCCGCCUGCUUGUUCCCCUCGCAGCUUCUGCACCCACCGAGCUGCAUGGAGCCGGGGCCGGUGGAUGCUGGGUUUCCCCUCCCUCCGGGAGUCAGAGGGCGAAGGUGUUGCAGUUUGGUCUGGGGAUGGGCACUGGGUUGAAAUGGCUUUAAACACUCCCUCAUAUUGAGGGGUAAUGAGAGAACUCACUUUAGAGGUCGGGUCCUUUUUUUCUUUUUUUUUCCUCAAAACCUUUUUAAGAAAUGAAGGUUAAUGUGAAAGCGUCUUGUUCUGCUUUGUACAAAUCCCCCGGCGGCACAGGUCCAGCUGGCCCCAGCGGCUUCUCCCUCACCGUGCACCGAAUAGGUACAGGACACGCACCCCCUUCCCCUCCUGUUUGUGGCACCAUCCGUCUCCCUCUGUAUAAAGUUGUUAUAAAUAGCAGAUGCUAGCAACCUCACUAUAAUGGCCUAUUUUAGUACUUGGGAGCAGGGUAAGUAUUUAUAUUGAACCCGUAUUGACGAUUUGCUCAAGCUCGUCUGUUUUUUAUAUCUAUAUUUGUGCAUUUGUAAAGGACAUGCCAGACCAUGAUUUUUAAGUUUGCUUUGACAUGGUCCUCCCAAGAGCCACCUGUAAAAGCUUGGCUGUGCCGUUUCUGUGGACCAUUUGGCACCUUGGUUUGCCAAACGCGUGUCUUUGUAUCUGCUAACCUUUUUUUAUUUUCUGUUUUUUGCCUCGUUCAGUGCUAUUUUGGUUUUGUAAGCAGAGUGAAGUGUCAGCUGAUGUUCCUCUUACGUUCAUUAAAGGAUAGCCCGAAAGCUG